UGGUCAUUGCAAAGCAAAACGCGUGGUCAUUUGUAGACACAUCAAAACUGGAAUUGGGGCGAUGGACUACUCGAGACAGGGGUAUGCCGGAACACUUGCUAAUGGCUCUACAUCUUAUCAACCCACUCGCAGGACCAUAGGUCCAAACAGCAAUGGAUUGCCUCACCUUCCUUCGCUUCGAAGAUGCGUUUCUACAUUGGAAAGAUCAACUCAGCUGCUGAUAUCAACUGUAUCACUCCUGGACCAAGCAACAUCUGGAUACUCCAGGCUCAAAACAAUCACAUCCCAUACAAAGGAAUACGAACUAGUCUCUGAAGAAGAUAUCGCCAAUGCACAGGUUGAAGUGGCUCGAGAAAUUGAACCCGAACUCUUCAAAUUGAGCCAAAAAGCCACUCAAUCAAUCUAUGAGUUAGAGGCUCAAGAAUACAAACUCUCACAACAAGUACAAGCAGAGGAGGCAAAAGCUGAACAACGAAUACACCGGCAAAAAUCUCUCCGAUCGGGUCUUUCCAACAUCAAGAGAUUACAAUCGUUGACAAGACGAAAGGAGGAACUGAGUAGGAGCGUCACAGAGCUUGAUCAAGUCAUAGAGCAAAAGCGACAGGAAUUCGCUGAGAUUGCCAAUAGAAUUGAGGCAUUGGAAAAAUCACGUCCAACUAGCGACAACAAUGACAACAACCAUGCUAAUAGACCCACAAAACGAUUGCGACGUGAUCCAUCUAAUGAGUCACGAGAGUUGAGCAUAAUAGAACAAGAACGCAACAGAGAAGUCUUGAAGAGGGAUCAGGAACUUGAGAUAAUUCAAAAAAGAAUCGAGGAGAAACGUAAUAUUCUUAAUGAGCUCAAGCACAAAACUGAGGCUCAGCAUAGUCAUUCAAAUAGUCAAGACAGAUUCAGCCCAAGUGCGCUAUGGUCCAUGUACUCCGGUCAUUAUCAUCGCUUAGAGGAAGUGCUUCAGAGAGAGCUCCUGGUGGAUCCCCGGGAUAAGAGUGCGUAUGAGGAAGCAUUUGGACGCCUUUCAUCAGCAUAUCUGAGAGAAGUUGACUCUCGACAGACAAAGACCGACAAUGAGUUGAAUAAGCUGGGUAGAGAAAAGACUAGGAAACUAGCACAAAUGAGAAUCCUUUGCAAACAGCUUUUCCCUGAAGGUAGCAUAGGCAUCACUAUGGUCAGAGUACUAGAGUUGUUGGGAGAAAGCCCCCAAAAUGAAAUAUACCACAAGGAGUUAUUAAAGGAGUUCCCACUAGAGGAGGAAGGACGACAUAAUUUAAAUCGUGUUAUUAAUAUUCUCAAGCAAGUUGGAGUGCUUGAAUUGAUACUAGAGUCCCGAGAGGAGCAAACGGAGCAACAAAGGGACGACGAAGGGCAGCAGAAUGAUGAGAAGGAACACCUUAUCCUCAGGAUCAAAUUUGAUGAUGGUUCUACCGCAGCAUAACACUCUUCCCAAAUAUGUAUAAUAUGUAAUUUUUUCGCCAGUCAUACCAAGCCACAUUCAAUAACUGUUUAUUGCUUUUUUUUUUUUUUUAAGUC